AUGUGUUCAGUUACCUGCGUCAUUGAACUUUCGAGCUCCAACCAAUUUGGAGAUUUUGAUACUGGAAGAUUGCACUCAGUUAUAUCUCAAAAUGGGCCAUUCAUUAGUAAUCUGAAGAACUGGAGUUCCUCAAAUUUGAGAAAGUGCAGCCGAGUCAGGCAGUUGCCCCAAAAACUGUGCUGCAUGAAAUCUUUGAGGGAACUUCUGAUUGAUGGAACUGGCAUUUACAGUAUAUGUUUCCCGGAAGGUUCUUUGGGGAAUCUUGAAAUACUUAGUGCUUGUGACUGUCAAUAUUUGCAAGAUAUAUCCACAAUUGGCCGCCUAAGGAGUCUCUCAAGUCUUGCUAUGAAUGUUGCUGAUAUCGAUGGGCUUCCAUAUACUGUUGGAUUUCUUCAGAAACUUCAGAGACUUUCUUUAAGGAAUUGUUGGAAGUUCAGUAAACUUCUGACUUCCAUCGGGAAGCUGGAGCUGCUAGAGUUUACUCGUCUCGUCUGGGGAUACAAAGAAAUGAUAGCCUCCGACUUGUCAUAUCUGACGAAUCUGAAAGAGCUACUUUUGAAAGAUGCUGAGCAGCCAGAAUUUGAAUGGCCGAUGAGGUUAUUGAAUCUAAAGAUUCCCAAUAUUGAGUGGAUCGCGAGAUUACCAAGUCUAGAGACCUUGCAAUUGUCCCCUCCAAUGGUCACCAAUCUCCCCAGGAACCUCGGUGCCCUUACUCAGCUCCAGGAGCUCUCUUUAUCCUACAUGAAGGAGCUAGACCUCACACGACUUCCCUCAACUUCAAGCUUAUCGACUCUGCGUCUCAAACAUUGCAUGAUUCAAGAGCCAUAUUUGUCUGGUCUGAAGUAUCUGUCAGAACUGGAACUAGACAACUACGGUUUAGCAAAGAUUGGUGGUCUUGAAAAUUUAAAGCUUUUGGAAGUCCUGGAAAUUUCCAAAUGCAGCAUAACCAACCUUGAUGGAAUCAAAGAUUUACCCCGUCUCAGGAAGGUGCAAGUUUUCUCUUGUGAUCUCGCCAGUCUAUUGGAAUUACGUGAAUGUAAAUGUGGAGUGGACAUUCGCAGUUAG